AUGUUACAUGCAAAUCAGUCAAAAGGGAGAGCUGUAGUGGAAUUUCUGGCGAAUCACCCAAUAGAAGGAGAUGAUGAAGCAGUGGAGUAUCUAUUCCCAGAUGAAGACAUCCUGCAGAUAGAAGAGGAACCAUGGACAAUGUACUUUGACAGAGCGUCUAAUCAGUAUGGCUAUGAGAUCGGUGUGUUGCUCAUAGCACCUGAUGAUUCACACAUACCUCUAGCCUUCAAACUCCGGUUUAAAGUAUCCAACAAUGAAAUAGAAUAUGAUGCGUCUAACAGAGAUUGGCGGGUUAAGGAAGAGAAAAUGAAGGUUUAUCAUCAGGCCCUGGAUAUGUUAAUUCCAAGGUUUGAGAAAUUGACAUUCACGCAUUUGCUCAGAGAGAACAACCGAUUUGCUGAUGCGUUGGCAACUUUAUCCUCCAUGGUGGACAUUUCACUUGGAGUGAAGAUGCGCUCGAUCAUCAUUGAACAGAAGUAUACGCCGGCAUAUGAGACCAUCGCCGUGAUAGAUGAGGUUCAAGACACAAACCCUUGGUAUUAUGACAUCUGGAAUUUCCUGGACAAAGAGGCGUACCCACCAGGGGCAAAUGCGAAGGACAAAAGGGGAAUACGGCGUCUGGCCAUCCAAUUCAUCAUCUGA